AUGUAUGGAAGCUCAGAAACAGGUGCGAAAGCCGCGGCGUGGCUGUACUUCAUAGACUACGACGGAGUGUCUUAUAAGCCGGUUUCGUUCCGUUUCACUAUUGAGGGCUACGACGGCUUGAAGGAAGUUCGAAAGCUGGAGGUUUACCCACUUCGGUUUGAGCCUGACAACCAAGCUAUCGUGCAAGAACAGCGCGAGCUAGGUCUCCGAUUCACCGAAUGCAUCCAGCAGCGCCACGUCUCAUAUAAGGCUUGGUCUCUCCUCACAAGUCCACUUGGCCGAUACUACUACUUCAGGGGUCGCCCCGUCACCAGCGCCGAUUUUAUUGAUGGCGACGUCAUCAUUGACUGCCAGGAGGCCUUCAACGCCUGUCCACAUUGGAAAUACAUCUACGGCCUUGAUGCGGCACACUUGGAGAGCUACAUAGAGACCGAUAGUGAUGUCAAUCGUAUUCUCCUGUGGUCAAGUCCAUCGCGUACACGGCUGCAAUUCAGUUGGCCUAAUAUUGUGGUUCUUGGAGAUGACAUUGAAUUCCUCGAGGGCGUACCUUUCAGACAGAAACAGGCAUACGGCAUUGCGGGCCUGCCGAAGCCGCUAGACGAGGACCUCGCCAUACUGCCCCAACGCCUUUUCGGAUACUCCCCUUGUCACAUCGAGGCUGUCGCCCAGGCGUAUGGUAAACCGCUGUUCUCCAUCACCUCCGGGGAUCUAGGGUCAACACCCGCCCAAGUGGAGAGCAACCUGACUGAGAUAUUCCAUCUCGCAAACGUCUGGGACUGCGUUCUUUUGCUUGAUGAGGCCGAUGUCUUUUUGGAGGAGCGCGAGAAGAGCAAUCUGGAGAGAAAUGCUGUCGUGUCGCUCUUUCUCAGAGUCAUGGAAUAUUACAGCGGUAUUCUGUUCUUGACUACCAACCGACCAGGACAGCUGGACGAAGCUGUCAAAUCGCGGGUGCACAGCACAUUGCUUUAUCACAGCCUUGAUCUACGCCAGACACGGGAGAUUUUCCGCCUCAACAUUGACCGGCUUGACCUCAUUGAGAGACAGCGCCAAGCCAACCCCGAACGGCCUGCCCGGCGCUUGCAAUGCGACAAGGCUGGAAUUCUGGCCUUUGCGGAGCAGCACUGGCACAAGCAUGAGAAGGAUGAGCUCGGCCGGUGGAACGGACGUCAGAUCCGUAACGCAUUCAUCAUGGCUGCCGCGCUGGCACGAUGUGACGAUGACUACGACGACCACAACCACGAUGACGAGAAUAUUAUUACGGCGCUGGUGACGCAACGCCACUUUGAGUUUGUUGCCCAUAGCGUCACCAACUUUGACAACUAUAUGGCCAGGGCUCGUGGUGGACUUGACUCGGAGCGCGCCCGUAGGAGGAUUGAUAGGCCGGACCACUUUGACAAGCGCGACGAUGAAUCGCCACGGCGGACACCACGGCGCGGGGCAGCGCUGCCAAACCCAUCGCUGUCAUCGUCCUACUAUCCUACGGCAGCUGCACCAUCGCAACCGCCACAGCAAGCACCCACCCCGGUGUACCAGCCCCAGAUGCUGAAUACUAACUAUAGCUAUGCACGACCCGCAUACAACCUCCCCUUUAUGGCAUGGCCUCCACCGCUUCAUCACGCCACUGUGCCGCCUCAAGCUUCCCUUCCCCAGACGCCACUACCAGCUCAGACAUUCACGGCAGGCGCGCCAUCGAGUGGGACUACUUCUGACGCUGGGGUUGCGGUGGAGGGAACAGCUUGGGAGACGCAGCAGCCUCAGGUUGUUGCUGCAUGA